AUGGACGAUUGUGAAGACAUAAUACCCGAGUACUUAAAUUUUGUACGAGGUGUGGUAGAUUCUGAAGAUUUACCAUUGAAUAUUUCGCGAGAAUUCCUCCAACACAAUAAAAUACUGAAAGUUAUAAAAAAAAACAUAGUAAAAAAAUGCCUUGAAAUGAUUUAAGAAAUCUCAGAAAACAAUGAAGAAUAUAAAAAAUUCUAUGAAUAAUUUUCUAAAAACUUAAAAUUAGGAAUUCACGAAGAUUCUGCUAAUAGAGCAAAAUUAUCAGAAUUUAUAAGAUUUUAUUCAUCUAAAAGCACUGAAGAAAUGAUUACAUUAAAAGACUAUGUGAGUAGAAUGAAAGAAGGUUAAAAAGACAUAUAUUUUAUUACUGGUGAAACUAAAUAAGCUGUAUCUUAGUCUCCAUUUGUUGAAUCAUUGAAAAAAAGAGGUUAUGAAGUCCUUUAUAUGAUCGAUCCUAUAGACGAAUAUGUGAUUUAAUAAUUAAAAGAAUUCGAUGGAAAAAAGCUCAAGAAUUGUACCAAAGAAGGCCUUGAAUUAGAGUAAACUGAAGAUGAAAAGAAAAAAUUCGAAGAAAAAAAAGCUUCUUUUGAGCCUUUAUGUAAAUUAAUAAAAGAAACAUUAGGAGAUAAAAUCGAAAAGGUAACUGUUGGUUAAAGACUAGAUGAAUCUCCUUGUGUUUUAGUUACAGGAGAAUAUGGAUGGUCUGCUAACAUGGAAAGAAUAAUGAAAGCCUAAGCUUUAAGAGAUGCUUCUUAGUCUACUUAUAUGGUUUCAAAAAAAACUAUGGAAAUUAAUCCAGAUAAUGCAAUUAUUUAAGAACUUAAAAGUAGAUCAGAUAAAGAUAAAGCAGAUAAAACAGUCAAAGAUUUGAUUUGGUUGCUUUUUGAUACUUCUUUAUUGGUAUCAGGAUUUUCAUUAGACGAACCUACCCAUUUUGCUAAUAGAAUACAUAGAAUGAUUAAGUUAGGAUUAUCAAUUGAUGAUAAAAUGGAAUUAGAAGAAGAUCCAGGACUAGUUAAAGAUGCUAAUAAUAAUAAUACUGAAUAAUAAGGUACUAAUGCUAUGGAAGAUGUUGAUUGA